GAGCCCCGCAUCCAGCCCCUCUUCCUGCCCCCUCCCCCGGUCUCUCGCUCGCUGCUCCCGGUGGGAUGGAAGUCCCCCGUAAGCCUCUUCCUUCUCCCCGGUAGCAGGCGGCGGGGCCCGAGUUCGGUGCAAAAAUGCUGGGCAUGUACGUGCCGGAUAGGUUCGCCCUGAAGUCGUCCCGGGUGCAGGACGGGAUGGGGCUCUACACGGCCCGCAGAGUGAAGAAGGGUGAAAAAUUUGGUCCCUUUGCGGGGGAGAAACGAAUGCCGCAGGAACUGGAUGAGAACACAGACUGCAGGCUCAUGUGGGAAGUUCGUGGGAGCAAAGGCGAGGUCCUUUAUAUCCUGGAUGCCAGCAACCCACGCCAUUCUAACUGGCUGCGUUUUGUCCAUGAGGCUCCAUCCCAGGAACAGAAGAACCUGGCAGCCAUCCAGGAAGGGGAAAAUAUUUUCUAUUUGGCUGUGGAAGAUAUUGAAACAGACACAGAGCUUUUGAUUGGGUACUUGGACAGUGACAUGGAAGAAGAGGAGGAGGAGGAGGAAGUAGUAACAGUUAUCCAGGAAGAUGAAGACAGUGGCAGCAAUAAAGAAGUGCAACCAGCUGGUGAAAAAAUUGCAGAUUCCCUCACCUGUAAGCAGGACCAUGCAUGCCCAAACUGUGAAUCCAGUUUUCCCAGCCAGGAGAUCCUAGCUGAGCAUCUGCAGACUUUGCACCAAAAACCCAGUGAGGAAAAGGAAUUUAAGUGCCGAAAUUGUGGAAAGAAAUUCCCCGUUAAACAAGCUCUACAAAGACAUGUCCUUCAGUGCACAGAGAAUAUCAGUCCAGGAGACUCCUCAAGAAGUUUCCAGUGCUCUGUUUGCAAUACUCUCUUCAGCUCGGAAUCGAGUUAUGAGCAGCACAAGGAGGCGUGCAGAGGGGAUGCCAGGUUCAUAUGCAAGGCAGAUAGCUGUGGGAAGAGGUUCAAGAGCAAGGAUGCCCUGAAAAAACACAAAGAAAAUGUUCACAGUGGAAAUUCUAGGAAGAAGCUGAUGUGUUCAGUGUGCAAUAAGAAAUGUUCCUCAGCAGCAAAUCUCCAGGAGCAUCGAAAGGUCCAUGAGAUCUUUGAGUGUCAAGAAUGUGACAAGAAAUUCAUUUCGGCGAACCAGCUGAAGCGCCAUAUGAUAACUCAUUCAGAAAAACGCCCCUACACCUGCGAGGUUUGCAAUAAGUCCUUCAAACGACUUGAUCAAGUGACUGCACACAAAAUAAUACACAGUGAAGAUAAACCUUAUAAAUGCAAGCUUUGUGGAAAGGGAUUUGCCCACAGAAAUGUUUACAAGAAUCACAAGAAGACCCAUUCUGAAGAGAGACCGUUCCAGUGUGAGGAAUGCAAAGCCUUGUUCCGAACCCCCUUCUCUCUACAAAGACAUCUGUUAAUCCAUAACAGUGAGAGGACCUUCAAGUGUGAUCAUUGUGAUGCCACUUUCAAAAGAAAGGACACACUGAAUGUUCAUAUUCAAGUAGUACACGAUGGACAUAAGAAAUACAAGUGUGACCUGUGUGACAAAGCUUUUGUGACGCCCUCAGUCCUGAAGAGCCAUAAGAAAACUCACACAGGGGAAAAAGAAAAGAUUUGCCCAUAUUGUGGACAGAAGUUCGCAAGCAAUGGAACGCUGAGAGUUCAUAUUCGAAGCCAUACAGGUGAGCGUCCUUACCAGUGUCCUUACUGUGACAAAGCGUUCAGCAAGAAUGAUGGCUUGAAGAUGCACAUUCGCACCCACACCAGGGAAAAACCGUACCAGUGCUCGGAGUGUAACAAGGCUUUCAGUCAGAAGCGAGGCCUGGACGAGCACAUGAGGACCCACACCGGGGAGAAGCCCUUCCAGUGUGAUGUUUGCGAUCUGUCCUUCAGCCUGAAGAAGAUGCUGAUCCGACACAAGCUGACUCACAACCCCAACCGCCCCAUGGCGGAGUGCCAGCUUUGCCACAAGAAGUUUACAAGAAAUGACUACCUCAAAGUGCACAUGGAAAAUGUCCAUGGAGAAACUGACAGCUAAAUACGGCCUCUGUGAGAAGAGUGGAUCCAAAGUGGUGCAUUUGUACAUGUACAAACUCCAGACUUUCCACCUGGCCAGUAAGCACAGUCAGGAGAAACAACUGUAAUGCCUACAUGUGUUAUUUUUCCCACUUCUGUUGAAAAUAUGCUAGUAGGAAAAAAAAAAAAACCAAAGACAUUCACCUAGUUUAAAACAGCUUGAAAAUAAAAAUUGGAAGAUACA